UCCCAAUCCUCAGCCAUGUCUCAGGGUAGUGCUCAAGACUUUCAAUCUCAGACCCCUGUGAGUGAGUAUUACCGUAAAGAACUUGCACCAAAGCUGAACAGACACAGCUCCAACUCGGAAGAGCAGAGGAGGAGUAUUGAUAACCCAGAGGGGCGUUCUCGGGUUGGAUUUAUUAGAGCGUCGUCUGUUGACGAAGGAGGAAGUCUACUGAGCUCAAAAGAGGAUCUCCGUGAGGUUAUUGAACCAGAUGUAGCUCAGAGAAGGUCCAUGUUCAGGCAGAGGGCCGCAUCCUUGGAAGACAGACCUCACUACUCCCAGAAGGUGCAGGACAUUGAGAACAAGUUCACGGAGGAGGUCCAGCGCAUCAAAAAGCUUGUGGGAAAGUCGCAUAUGAAGAGAUCCUUCUCAACAGAGCAGCUUUCCACUCUUCACAAGACCAAGCAGCCUGUAAGAAAGUUGGAGCCCAUCCCACCUCAGGUUCUUAAAAAGCUGCAGGAUAGAGAGCGUGCUCGGCUAGAGCGGGAGAGGAGAGAAAGAGAGCCAGCCAAAGAACAUUCGCUGCCCAAAUCGCCAUCUCGACAUCGAAGAGACUUGCACGGUUCGUUGCCCAAUGUGCCAGAGGCCAUGUCGCCUUAUGAUCUACCCGGACAAAGGUCUCCGAGACUUGUUCGUGGCCCAAGCCCAAGUAGGGAGAGUCCUCGAAGGUCUCCAACUGUUGAGAUCACUGCCAUGGCUGAAGACCGCUCUCGAAGAGCUGAAUCUCCAUCCAGAAAUCUCUUGGAGAUGACGUUACGGAAGGUGGAACCGAGACCUGAGAGUCCAUUGGUAAAGAGGGUUGUUCGGGUUCAAGAAGUUCCACAAGCAGAAGGUAGGAAGACGCCAUUAGAGGUCACGCUGAGAAAAUUGGAAAGAAGGCCUGAAAGUCCUCUGGUGCAGGGAGAAACCGUAGCUAUUCAAGAGUGCCCUGUUCAAGUUCCCGCCAAACCUCCAAGGUUGUCUCUGUCUUCCUCUUCUGAGGAGAAAAUGGAAAUGGAAAUUACUCCUCUGUCACCAGCACCUAGGCUAACCAUCCCCAAAAUCAUCAUCGAAGAGGAGCCAAUGGAGACGGACACGCCUGCAGAAAAGACUGAUAAGACUGUAAAGAGUGCAGUUGGUAGAGUGGAAAAAUCUCAGAGAAGCAGAGGAAGAGGACGCAGACAAAGACCCAUGUCCCCUGAAUUUGAAUCUUCAGACGACUCGUAUGUGUCUGCAGGGGAGGAUCCUUUAGAGGCUCCUGUGUUUGAGUUUCCACUACAGGAUACUGUGGCCUCCACGGGAGCUGAGGUGGUGUUAAAAUGCAUCAUCAGUGGCACACCUCUACCUGAAGUUACUUGGAAGAAAGACAACAUUGAGAUCAAGAGCAGCCCAACUCAUGUUGUAAAAGUGGAGGGAGAAAGACACUCUUUGCUCAUAAAGUGGACAAAGCCAAGCGAUGCGGGGACGUACAAAGUUACUGCAGCCAAUGAGGUGGGCCAGGCUUCCAGUAGUGCCACCCUUUUCAUCAAAUCAGAGCCUAAUCAGGACCAGCGUGGGAACCUCGGUGUGCCAAUGGAUGUCAGCAGUCCCAUCACAUCUGAUGAAGAAUACCUUAGUCCUCUGGAGGAGGGGAUGGAUUUUUCCUCCUAUAGGGGAUCUCAACCAAGGAGGAUCGUGGACACUCGAUUCAAGGAGCCUCCUGCCUUUCAGACUAUUCUUGGAGACCAGACGGUAAUAGAGGGUCAGGAGGUGACCAUGUCUGUUUGUGUGAGUGGACAGCCUAAACCCAUGCUUUAUUGGCUGAGAGACAGAGUGACGAUUAAAACUGGCGCCCGACAUAUCGUUCAGGAGACAAAGGAGGGCAACUUUGACAUGAUCAUAAAAUCAGCACAGAAGUCAGAUUCUGGUGUUUACACCUGCAAGAUCAUCAACGAGUAUGGAACUAAACAGUGUGAGGGCAAACUGGAGGUUAAAACUCGUCCAAUCGAGCCAGGCCUUGCUAUUAUUCGUCCAGUGAGGGACGUGAUGGUGGAAGCAGGUGAGACGGCCUUGUUCGAGUGUUAUGUGAUUGGGCCCCAGGACACUGAUGUUGAUUGGCUCUCCGACGGGAAGCUCAUCCAGCCGGCGCUUUUGAAUUGCAAGAUGCACUUUGAUGGAAAAAGAUGCAGACUGCUGCUGAACUCUGUACAUGAAGACGACAGCGGAACGUACACCUGCAAACUGAGCACAGCUAAAGAGGAACUGACCUCUAGUGCCAAACUCAAGGUCAAAGCAUCCAUAGAGCCCCUCUUCACCCGUCAGCUGGACGUCCUGGAAGUGAUUGAAGGUCGUAAUGCUCGGUUUGACUGUAAGGUCAGCGGGACGCCGCCUCCUCAGGUCAUCUGGAGCCACUUUGAUCAUCCACUGGAGGAAAGCGAAGACAUUCGGAUCUUGAAAGAAGGAGGACGGCACUCCUUGAUCAUUUCUCAUGUCUGUAAUGAAGACGAGGGUCUGUACACGGUAGUCGCACAUAGCCCUUAUGGACGGACCGAGUCUUCAGCUGAGCUGUAUGUGCAGGAACCCAGGCCGGCCAUAUCCUCUCAAAUAGCAAAGUUGGAGAAAAUGCCCUCAAUUCCUGAAGAGCCCGAAGUGCCUGAGAAUGAGGUGGAGAGGUUUACCAUGCCCGACUUUGUCAAGCCGCUCUACGAUCUGGAUGUAGUGGAGGGUAGAGAGGCUGUUCUCAGGUGCAAAGUGGCCGGCCUGCCAUACCCAACCAUCAUCUGGUUUCACAAUGGCAAGAGGAUCGAGAGCACGGAGGACAGGAAAAUGACACAGUUCAGAGACAUUCAUAGCCUGGUGAUCCGCUGUGUGUGUCAUGCCCACGGUGGAGUCUACAAGUGCGUCAUAUCCAACAAACUGGGCAAGGCCACCUGCUAUGCCCAUCUUUAUGUGACGGACAUCCUUCCUGACCCACCAGAUGGGGCCCCAGUCAUCGAGUCCAUCACUGGGAAGACUGUCACGCUAAUCUGGAAGAAACCGAAAAGACUGGAUCCAUCCAUCGAUCCGAGUUCCCUGAUGUAUGCUGUUCAACAGCAGGCCCUCGGGUCAAUCCAGUGGACCAUUAUCGCAUCUUGUCUGAAGCAAACCACCUAUACCAUCACCAAUCUGUCUAAAGGUGUCCGCUACGCCUUCCGGGUGCUAUCUAUCACAAGCAAGGCCUUUAGCAAGCCGUCGCCCACCACGGAGCCAGUGCAACUGUUAGAGAGAGGCCCGUACCUCCAGGAGGCUCCUGUAAUCAUUGAUAAGCCCGAUGUCGUGUAUAUGGUGGAGAAGCAGCCUGUGAGCAUCACGGUCACUCUCAAUCACGUCAACGCCUCCGUCUCUUGGAAGAGAAAUGGAGUCGUAUUGUCUAACAGACCAGGCCUGUUUGAACUGAGCAUGCCAGACGAUGACCAACACACACUAAAGCUUUGGAAAGUGAAGAACAGUGAUGUUGGUCAGCUCACCUGCAUUGCCAGCAACCAGUUUGGCAGUGACUCUUGCAUCCUGACCCUGGAUAUGGCAGUGCCUCCCACUUUCGAGACCAUUAUGGAGGAUCUGGAUGUAAAUGUGGGCGAGACUCCUCGUUUUGCUGUGGUGGUUGAAGGAAAGCCCAUCCCGGACAUUCUGUGGUACAAGGAUGACGUCCUGCUGUCAGAAAGCAGCCAUUUCACUUUUGUCUACGAUGACAAUGAAUGUUCUCUGGUGGUGCUGAACACCCAAGCAGAUGAUUCGGGAGUGUACACAUGUACUGCUAAGAAUCUGGCUGGUUCUGUGUCCUGCAAGGCUGAACUCACUGUUCACACAACUAAAGAGCACAGAGAAGACUCUUUGGAGGAUGAGGCGUCCAUCCUUAGAAAGAAGCGAAGGCUCACUGAUUACUAUGACGUGCACAAGGAAAUUGGGAGAGGUGCAUUCUCGUAUGUGAAGCGAGUGACACAGAAGGCCGGAAAGAAGGAAUAUGUGGCCAAGUUCAUCUCCGCUCGAGCCAAGCGGAAGGCCUCGGCUCUGAGAGAGAUGACCAUCCUGUCCCAGCUAGACCACGAGAGGAUCCUUUACUUUCACGACGCCUUCGAGAAGAAGAAUGCUGUCAUCAUUAUCACAGAGCUAUGCCACGAGGAGCUUCUUGAAAGACUAACAAAGAAAUCAACAGUAAUGGAGUCAGAGAUCCGAUGCAGCGUGAGGCAGCUGUUGGAGGGUAUUAGCUAUCUACACCAACAUGACAUACUUCAUUUAGACAUCAAGCCUGAUAAUAUCCUCAUGGCAGACCUCAUAAGCGAUCAGAUCCGCCUAUGUGAUUUUGGGAAUGCUGUAAAGUUCACGCCUGAUGAGGCACAGUACUGCAAAUAUGGCACUCCAGAAUUUGUGGCACCAGAGAUUGUUAACCAGACACCCGUCUCCAAGGCAACGGACAUCUGGCCUAUUGGAGUUCUAACUUAUUUAUGUCUCACUGGAGUUUCUCCUUUCGCGGGAGAAAACGAUCGCAGUUCUGUCCUCAACAUUAGGAACUAUAAUGUGGCUUUUGAAGAAAGCAUGUUUACGGAUCUUUGCCAUGAAGCCAAGGGCUUUGUCAUCAAACUGCUGGUGGCUGAUAGAUUGAGACCUGAUGCUAAUGAGUGUCUUCGUCACCCCUGGUUCAAGAUCCUAAAUAAAGGGAAGAACAUCAGCACAGAGUCCCUCAAAAAGUUUUUGUCCAGAAGAAAAUGGCAGCGAUCUCUUAUCAGCUUUAAAUCCAAAAUGGUGAUGAGGUCUAUACCCGAGUUACUGGAUGACUCCACCAGCCAUAUUUCCAUUGCUGUCCCAAGAAACGUGAAACAAGGCUCACCACCACCUUCAUCAUCUUCCGAUUCCGACGAAGAAAUUGAUGAGCUCCCUUUUAUCCCCAUGCCCCUCAACAUGGAGUUCUCCGGGUCUAGAAUGUCUCUGACUGAAAUCGUGGGAGAUGAUGAGAGGGCAGGUAGGCCGAAUGGAAAUGCUGAGAGGCCCGCAUCCGGCCAUCAGGAUCCAGAGCCCAUGGAAGUGGAGACAUUAGAAAGAGAUGGCGGGAAUGCAGCUGCAAGGGGACGAGCCAAAAAAAGAUCUACGCAAGAAGAAAAAGUCUCAUCCGAUGAGGAACCCGGAGAGCUGGCCCAAAGGGCAGAACAGGCAAAGAGACCAAUGCGCAGAGGCUCGAGUAUGGAGUUAGAGGAAUCAGAGGGUGCACGUCGCAGAGGAGAACUACGAAGAGGAAGCUCGGCGGAUAGCGCCCUGCAGCUUCACAUCAAACCAGAAGAGGGCACUGAGGAAGCCCCUACAGACGAAAGACGAAAUUUACAAAAGUCUGUAUCUAUGGAGCUUCCCAGAAGGAGCCCUAGUCCUGGUGCUGCGAAUAUGAGCCAGGAAGACUACGCUUUGAAAUUGGAACUCAUGAGACAGAGAUUGCUCAGAGGUGGCUCUGUAGACAAAAAAAUGAGCGGAUUACGAGGUCCCUUACUGGAGACAUUAGGGAUGGGGGAAGAGAAACGUUAUGUGCGGGGGUCUCGCCUAGGAAACCCUCCACUUGUGAGAGCGGCAUCCAGCGAGUCGCCCAGAGAUGACAUCCCGAAGACCAAGAUACUCCGCAAGAGUGCUUCGUUCAGCCAGGGUGAUUCAGAACCAAUACCUUUGCACAGACGAAUGGGGGCGCCUCUGGAGAUUCCACUGGCACAGAUAGAGGAAAGACGACUGCAAGAGGCUGUAUCCAUGUCUGCUCUUACCGAGCCGGUCAAGGUGGAUUCUCGUCCGGUCACACCCAAAGCUCGCACACCGGAGCCGGUAAGACAUGAGAAAGAGAGAAAUGAAGAAAAAGAGGCAGCAAGCUACAAGAAUAGUAAAUCAGAAGAAGUGAUUGUUGAGUCCAAGAGUGUUUCAGAUGAUGAUCAGAAAUCAAGGGACGCUGAUACGCAAGAGAAGGACCAGAGAACGUUCGAGGUGCCCAGUAAAGAACCUGAAAAAGUGGCUGAAAGUAAACCAGCCUCGAUUCCAAUGGCCGUGUUAGAGGAAGAAGUUGAAGAAGACCAGGAAAGAGAAGAUGAAAAGCCAGAGAAAGAAGCAGAACCUGUUGUCCCAGAGACAGGGGUUCAAGUUGAAGAUAAGCCAUCAGAAAAGUCUAUAGAGAUCACUGUGACACCACCAUCCACCCCAGCUGCCAUUCCUCAUAGCAUCGCAACGACCUACGUAACGCCCUCCCUCUCCACACGCACAAUUCUCCCAGACGGCCGGACUUCUGCAUAUGCCUGUAUCAUGCAGACCAUCAUGGUACCAUCAGUUCCAGCAUCUAGCCAACUGGAAGACGUGCCGCCCUCUAAACCAUCAGCCAACCCACCAUCCAUCCCAGUGUACCCGCCCAUUUCCAGACCCAUCUCUGAAUCGACCCUUGUGUCAACUCCUUCAUCCAAACCAGACAUUCAACAAAGCACUGAACAUCCUGCAGUCUUCUCUAGGGUUGCGUCAACGGAGCAUCCUCCCAAAGAGCCAAGUCCUCCUAAAACUCCCACUCGUGCAUCUCCCAAACGUGAGCCGACUCCCGGAUCCCACAUCCAGGAUCUUACAUCAGAGGAGGUCUUCGAAGCUCGGUUCAAGAAGCGCGAGUCCUCUUUAACUCGUAGUCUCAGACGUUUCUCUUGGCAUAAAACGGAAGAAAAGCCUGCAGCUGUUGCUCCCGAAACAGAAGAAAUGUAUCGCCCAGGGCCCAUUGGGGCACCUUUAGAGUUUGUACCUAGGAGGUUGGAAGAGAAGUCCAAGUCGGUUCAAGAUCUCCGUGAGGCACAAAAGGACCCUGGGUUCAUGAGGAGACUCUCCAUGCGCUUGAAAGGAACCCCGUCGAUGGAGAGAAAAGAGGAGAAGGUCAAAGAAGAAGAGGCUUCAACACCCAGACGUCGUCUGUCCUGGGCACUGGGAAGGAGAGGAUCCCAAGAUAAGAAGGAGAUAGAGAUGAUGAGGAUGGAUGGAGGUCCUGAGAACCCCCCAGAGCCGGAGUCUAAAGUGCCCUCGGAAUCACCAGUUCUUGCCAUGCGCAAGAAGAUCGGCAGUACAAUGGCGAGCUUAUCCACAAGGAUAAGGAGUCACUCUGAGGAGAGGAAAGAUGACAGUGAAGGCAAGACAGAAGUCAAAAAGACACCUAUAUUCUCAAUUCUACGGCGUUCCACCUCAGAGGGGGGCAGUCUGAAGAGAAUGGGUGUCCCGCAGAACCAGAUUUCCAUACAGUCAGGCAAAGGGGCAUCUUCAGAAUCUCUGGAUUCAAUGUCUAGCGUCCAGUCUGAAUCAGCUGUGAAAAGUGCAGAGAUCGAACAUAGGUCACGAUGGGACCGCUGGGGAUUGACGAGAGGACGACGAGACAAGACGGUUUCCCAACCAGACCUCCCAGCUUCCAUUGCCAGAGAGAACGGCUCUCUCCGCUCUCGCCAGUAUACUCGACUAGCAUCUGAUUUCCCUCCUGUGUUCCAUAUUAAACUGAGGGACCAUGUACUCUUGGAGGGAGAUCCUGUCACUCUCAGCUGCCUCCCUGCUGGCAGUCCUCACCCACAAAUCACAUGGAUGAAAGAUAAGAAACCUCUUGAGAUUGACCCGAGGAUGAACCUGAUAUCCUGUCCUGAUGGAAGACAGCUGCUGAUGAUUAUGAAAACCACUAAGAAGGAUGCAGGCCUUUAUGAAUGUGUGGCUUCAAACCCGCUGGCCUCUGUCACCAGCUCGUCCGUUGUGUCGCUUGCACGCUUACCGAAUAGUCCUGGGACCCCUGAGGUUCCUCAGAAGUAUAAGAACACCGCGCUGGUGGUGUGGAGACCCUCAGAUACCACGGCACCUUGCACAUACUCACUGGAGAGAAGAACAGAGGGUGACACAAACUGGUUGAUAAUAGCAACCGGUGUGGCUGACUGUUACUAUAACGUCAUGGAUCUUCCAACUGGUGCGACAUACAGAUUCAGAGUCGCCUGUGUGAACAAAGCCGGCCAGGGACCAUACAGCAAUUUGUCUGAAAAAGUGAUACUGGACUCGACAGCACCCCAAAAGUCCAGCGGAGCAGUUGUAGUCAAAACACUUUCAUCAGCUCCUGGACCUGCAGUGGUAACAUCCACCAUGACCUUACCCGCAAUGAAGCCCGCUGGCUUGAAAACAUCCAUAUCGCCACCUUCAGUGACCUCUGCCCCCUCUACAGUUCAGCCGGUAAAACCAAUCUCUCCUCCCGCCGCACCUGCCUCAUCAACUGCGCCUUCCCCUGCUCCCUCUGGCCCCGCCCACCGAACCACACCUGAUACCCAAACUCCAACUCCUGCCGCUGUUACUCCAGCCAAAGCCAAAACCACUCUUAACAUCACUGUUACCAAACCCUCUCCUGCAUCUCCUACCAAUCAGCCUCCUCCUCCCAAACCCUCACCCCCCGUGGUUCUGCCCAAACCUCUGAGCCCUGUCAACGUGGUCCCGCCUCCAGCUCGUACUCCUCCCGUGUCUCCGCCUCCAUUGGUGUCUCCUCCGCCCACCAUCGGCAAGCCCAUCUCAUCAGUGCCUAUGUAUGUCCCGGCCACCACCACGGCGCAUGUGACUCCAGCCACCCUGAACACCACAGCUCCUGUCCUGUCGCCACCUGUGGUGUUAGUUACCAGUUUGAGUCCUUUAGGGGAGGGUACGGCCACACCCAAUCGUUUGACCCCGAGUGGACGGGCCACUCCGUCUGGACGCAUCACUCCCACGGGACGCAGGACUCCUUUGGGAAAACCUGGAGAAUCCACCCUAAGACAAGGAGUGCCACAGAAACCGUACACGUUUAUGGAUGAGAAGGCCAGAGGUCGUUUUGGUGUAAUCAGAGAAUGUCGAGAAAACGCCACCGGUAACCUGUACAUGGCCAAGAUCGUGCCGUACGAGCCUGACAACAAGCAGGUUGUGUUACAGGAGUACGACAUCCUGAAGUCCCUCCAUCACGAGAAGGUCAUGGCCCUACACGAGGCAUACGUCACCCCACGAUAUCUGGUGCUCAUUUCAGAGUGCUGCUCAGGAAAAGAGCUCCUCUAUAGCUUGGUUGACAGAUUCCGAUACUCUGAAGAUGAUGUAGUGGCAUAUAUUGUACAGAUUCUUCAGGGUCUGGAUUAUCUGCACAGCCGGAGAAUUCUGCACCUGGAUAUCAAACCAGACAACAUCAUCGUCACCUACAUGAAUGUGGUUAAGAUCAUUGAUUUUGGGGGGGCACAGAAUUUCAAUCCACUCUUCCUCAAGCAGUUCAGCCCACCCAUCGGAACACUGGACUAUAUGUCCCCUGAGAUGUUAAAAGGAGAUGUGGUGGGUCCACCAGCAGACAUCUGGAGCAUCGGGGUUGUAACAUACAUCAUGGUCAGCGGGAGACUGCCGUUUGCAGAGAAUGACCCCUCUGAGACGGAGGCCAGAAUCCUGGCGGCCAAGUUUGACCUCAGUAAGCUCUACCAAAAUGUGUCGCAAAGUGCCUCUCUGUUCCUCAAAAAGAUCCUGUGCAGCUACCCUUGGGCCCGUCCUACUAUUAAGGACUGCUUCAACAACUCCUGGCUGCAGGACGCUUAUCUGAUGAGACUGCGCAGACAGACUCUCACCUUCACCACCACACGCCUCAAAGAGUUUCUGGAGCAACAGAAGAAGGUCAGGGCCGAGAUGGCAACAAAGCACAAAGUCCUUCUACGUUCAUACCAGAGCACUCCACAGACCCCAUCCACCCCCUCGACACCAGGCACCCCCACCACGCCCAUCUUUCAGUGACCUCUACGACUGGAGAGAUGAGAAGAAGGGUUCACCAGGAUCAGGACAGAGAGAGACACACAGCAUCAGGGUAUCUCAGACGCUCUAAACUGCCCCGGCUUUGACGGGACUGGAUGUGCGGUGUGGUACCACAAGGAUCUUUUUGCCUCAACCAUACUUUGUUAAUGCCACCCGGAGUCAGAUUGGUUAUGGGAGACACUUACCUCCAAGCUGACAAAAACAUAAUGGAUGUCAAUGCAUUUACCUCUGUUAAGCUGUGGCCAGCAUGCACAGAAAAGUUGUGUUUAUUGUUCAAACCCCCCCCCAACGUCCCGACACUUUUAUCCCUGUGACUUUUUGAUAAACCUACUUCAGCUGUUCUCAGCAUUGCAUCUCUAAAGAGGGGUCGGGAACUUUGGACCCAUCUUUGUUAACCACAAUGAAAACUCAUUCGAGGAUCAUUUUACGCAAAAAAAAUUGUCAAGUUUGUGUGUAUUUUUGUGGUGUCUUCCAAUUGUGUACCAGGGCCUUGAGAUUUGUGGAAAAUAGUGAACAUGUUUUUUUGGAACUAGUUUUUAUGGCAAGAAAUAAUUUUAUUACUGGUACUUGUUAUACCAUUCUGAUCGGUGUAUAUGAAAGUCAAUAGAAGUAAUGUUGAGCACUCCAUUGUUCUAUAGUGCCAUCUGCCAUCAACCAAAAUAUUUUUUUGUCUUUUACAAAAGUGUAUUAUUCUAAACAAAAGUGAAUUGAAUUGUAAUAUUGAAAAGCCUCUUUGGGCCUUAACAUUGUUUCUUUAAAAAAAAAACGUCAACGGGAAUGAUUUAACUUUUUGGCAAAUGUUUAAAAAACAGUGCUGGCUGUUAUUUAAUUUUUUUUUAUAUGUCUGCUUUAGCACCAGGAAUGUAUUGUAAAUUGCAGAUUUUAAUGCAUCAGUAUAGCAUACAGUAGCAUACAGCAUGCAUCAUUACCAAACUCUUUACAUAUACGUAAGUUGAGCACCGUUGGUUGAAAAAUCUCAGUCCCUGCCAAUGAUAUGUUGGCCAAAGUUAUCUGGAUGUAGAGACACGCUGGUUCAAUAUGUGCCUGGAAACAAACAUGGUCGGAUAGAAUAGAGAGGACUUAUAGAAGUGUCAUUUUUUGUUUGUUUUUAAAAAACAUACAUCGGCUGCUGCAGUGAAUGGUUAUUAGAAUCCUAUUUUUAAGUUGUUCCUGUAAUAUUCAUAUACAGUAUAUUUAUGAAUUUAGUAACCUUAUGGUUGAAUGAUUAUCAGGCAUUAUCCUUGAUCAAUUUAUCUUGAUUUAUUCAGAUAACACAACACAUCUGUAUUAAAAAAAUAUUUCAUAUGAUUACAUACACUCAGCUAAAGGAUUAUUAGGAACACCAUACUAAUACUGUGUUUGACCCCCUUUCGCCUUCAGAACUGCCUUAAUUCUACAUGGCAUUGAUUCAACAAGGUGCUGAAAGCAUUCUUUAGAAAUGUUGGCCCAUAUUGAUAGGAUAGCAUCUUGCAGUUGAUGGAGAUUUGUGGGAUGCACAAAGCUCCCGUUCCACCACAUCCCAAAGAUGCUCUAUUGGGUUGAGAUCUGGUGACUGUGGAGGCCAUUUUAGUACAGUGAACUCAUUGUCAUGUUCAAGAAACCAAUUUGAAAUGAUUCGAGCUGUGCGACAUGGUGCAUUAUCCUGCUGGAAGUAGCCAUCAGAGGAUGGGUACAUGGUGGUCAUAAAGGGAUGGACAUGGUCAGAAACAAUGCUCAGGUAUGCCGUGGCAUUUAAACGAUGCCCAAUUGGCACUAAAGUGUGCCAAGAAAACAUCCCCCACACCGUAACACCACCACCAUAAUUGCAUUAAUGAGAAAUUGAACAGGUGUCCCUAAUAAUCCUUUAGGUGAGUAUAUUCAAAUGUGUUGUAAAUGAUGGAUGCUUGUCUAAACAUAAGUCUAAGAUAUGUUUAUUCAUCCAUAAACAGGAUUUUACCUGAUUUGGAGUGUAUGAAUGGGCCUUGGUCUUGAUUUUAUUGUAGAGAUAGUAUUAAAAUAAAUAUAUAGUUUCUAUUAUUUUGAUUUAUUUGCAUCCUGUUUGCUGAACACUGAGGCAGAAUUUGUGUUUGUUUUAUUUGUUUUUGUCUUUGUGUUUUUUUUCCUAACACAAAUAUAAGAUCAAUCUUAUUGAAGAGAAUAUUUUAGGCAGAUCUAGAUAAAGGCAAACAAAGAGGAUGAUUGUUUUCUCAUCUAAACACCCAAGGCACAAUUCUACUUUAUUGUCAUCAUGUGACCAUACAUAGCAAAACUUCAUCACAUAUACGUAUAUAUCGGCUUGUGUAAUGAAUAAACUUUCCUUGGUGUUUAUUUCAGUACUUGCUAUGAUGGUUCAAUGCAAAAAACAAAGGUUUUGUUCUUCUAGCCAAUUUGCUUAUUAUUUGGUUUUUACUAAGGUUAUUCAAAUGAGUGACUAACUUCUCAUAGAUCAAGUUUCAGGUAACUCAAAUAUGGCACGGGGCAAGAAUUUAACUCAAAUAAUGUAAUAACAAAGAAUAGAAAUCUAGAAUCAGAGUUCUGUGUUGUUGUGAAUAAGAUUUUAUAUUUUAUUUUUGUGUGCGUUCAACACUCUCUGCCGAGCAACCCUUUAAUAUGAACUCGAGCUUUUCUGGAAUGAAUUAUGUUGCACUAAAACAGUGAAAAACAUGGAGAUGAAGUGGAAGACUGAAGUGUGUAUACAGUAUGUCGAAAACACAACCUUUCAUGAAUAAAAUCAGCUGUCAGCAAUACUGAA